UUUCAGACGAAUAUUGAAUUAUAGGUUAAGCGUACUUUAAAGUUCUAAGUGAAGUAGAACCAUUACUAUCUCUUCAAAUGUUUGUUUUCUUAUGCCAUAUGUGCACUGUUUAUAAAGGAAAUUCUUUUAAUUGAUUCGUUAAUGACCAGAAUCUUUCGAAUGGAUGUUUCAUCGAUUUCUUUCUUUGCGACAGAAAGAUUUUUUUUUCUAUAAAUCUUCGAAAGCAAAUUAAAAAUUUUGAAGUUUAUUUUGGAUUGCUUAAAGUAACUAUGGUAUAUUGCUGCAUCUAAGCACAUGUCAGUGUUUGUUCAAGUUCAUAAUAUGAAGAUUCAAGGACAAAUGGAGCGCAGAAAAGUAAACAAGGACUCAAGUACUCACUAUGACAUGCAUGAAGCAAGUGGUCGUGAAGAAACUGUUCCAUUUAUGAACCAUGCAUCUGAGAAAGAAAAGAAUGAUCUAGAAACUUGGAAGAAUGAUAAAAUAAACAUUAUAAUCUUAUUAUUUCUAUAUGUUUUACAAGGUAUUCCAUUGGGGCUUGCAGGCAGCAUUCCAAUGGUAUUGCAGAAUCGAAAAAUUAGUUAUUCAGAACAAGCACUUUUCAGUUUUGUGAACUGGCCUUUCAGUGUAAAAUUACUCUGGGCACCAGCUGUUGAUUCCUUAUAUUGGAGGCGCUUAGGACGAAGAAAAACUUGGUUAAUACCUACUCAGUAUUUGAUUGGAUUGUUUAUGAUAAUUUUAUCAACAUCUGUAUCCUCACUUCUGGGAGAUGAUGUUAAUGGUCCUAAUGUGUUGCUUCUUACUAUUAUCUUCUUUUGCAUGAACUUCUUAGCAGCAACACAAGACAUUGCUGUAGAUGGUUGGGCAUUGACAAUGCUUUCAAGGCAGAAUGUUGGCUAUGCUUCUAUUUGUAAUACUGUUGGUCAAACAGCUGGUUACUUCUUAGGCAAUGUUGUGUUUUUAGCUUUAGAAUCUGCUGAUUUCUGUAACAAAUAUCUCAGAUUUACUCCUCAACCUGAGGGUAUAGUUACUCUGUCCAGUUUCUUGAGAUUAUGGGGAAUAAUUUUCUUUAUUUCGACUACAUUGGUAUUAAUUUUCAAAACAGACAAAGAAAAGGGAGUAUCUGAUAUUCUUGGCAUUAAAGAUACUUAUUGCCAGCUGUAUCGUAUUUUGGGCCUUCGAAAUAUGUGGUUGGUUGUGGCUUUUCUUCUAACUUCAAAGAUUGCCUUUGCUGCUACUGAUUCAGUAACUGGGCUUAAGUUGAUUGAAGCUGGUGUACAUAAAGAAAAUUUAGCCCUUUUAGCUGUUCCAAUGGUUCCUUUGCAAAUCUUAUUACCACUUGCCAUAAGUCGGUAUACUAAUGGGCCAAAACCCUUAUCAGUAUUUUUAUUGGCUUAUCCAUUCAGGUUAUUAUUUGGCCUUAUCUUUCCUGUUCUUGUUUGGUGGACUUAUCAAGUGAAACUAGAAUCUGGAGGCUUUCCGGUAUAUUACUAUGUAGUAAUAUUGUUAGCUUAUGCAUUGCAUCAGAUAACGGUUUAUAGUAUAUUUGUAGCAUUGAUGGCAUUUUUUGCAAAAAUUAGUGAUCCAACAAUAGGUGGCACAUAUAUGACAUUAUUGAAUACUAUCUGUAAUCUUGGUGGCAAUUGGCCUUCUACAUUAGCAUUAUGGCUUGUAGACUCACUUACCACUACAGGCUGUGAAAACCCCGAGUUUAGCUGUGAUACUAAAGAACUAGCUUUGCAAUGCACACAAGCUGGUCAUAAGUGUUUGACUGUCAGAGAUGGUUAUUACGUUGAGGCAGUUAUCUGCACAAUUUUUGGAUUCUUAUGGAUUAGGUGGGGUAGAAGAACCGUGCGUAAAUUGCAACAGCUCCCAGUGUCUGCAUGGAAAUGCCCGAGGUAACAUUUUAAGAAAUUGACGUAGGCUGUAUCAAGCCUGAAAGAAGAAUUACUUACUUCACAUUAUUUGGACCAAGAUUUAUAUUUUCAUAGAUUUUGCUUGUUAUAUAUGAUCUGACAUUUUUAUUUAGAAACAACUGUCACAAUUUACUACAAGAAAUGUUUCUUUUGUUUAGCGGAUAUUCCAAAAUGCUAGAACGAGUGUGAAUCCCUGUGUAUGUCCACAUUUUGCAUACCAUGUAUGUUGCUGAAUUAUUGCACUAUUUAAAAAAAGUACCACUUUAUUUAUUUGACAUAAAAUUUGUAUAUUGUUAAAUAGUGAAAAAUUAAAUAAAGUUUUAUUUUAUUUGAGUAAAUCUCAAUGAUUGGAUAAUUUUUUUUCUUGCAUAAAAGAAGGGGAAAAAAAGUCUUUGAGGUGGCAUAAAAAAUUUAUUAUAAUAGUAAACUGUAACCAGAUAAACGAGAAAAGAAAAUCUAGUCAAAAUAUAAUUGCUGUCUUCGAUUUUAGUAAAUAUUAUUACCUCAAAUAAAUAAUUAUAUUAUUAAAGAAUCACUGAAGAAAUUUUAAUUUCAAAUGAGAAGUUAAUAGGUAACGAAAUUUAAAU